UCGAGCAGUGAAACCGUGCGGACGUGUUGUGUGUUGUUGUUGCGGCAUUUCACAGUGUGAAGUAGUAGCGAAUGUUGUGCGGUGGCUGAUCGUUGGCGUUGUGUGUCUGUAUAUCAUCCGUGCCUACACGAGUGCGUGUGUGUGUAUGUGUGUACGUGUAUAUGUGUAACCGGCCGGGGAUUUCGAGUGCGGUGCGUUUAAGUUUUUUCGGUUGGUGGGUUUUUAGUUUUACGAUCACCGUCCGGAGACACCAUCUGUUCCGGAGCCGAAGGUGAUUCCUUGGGUUUGUGGAAGAUUAGUAGCAGAAGAAGAAAAAAAAAACGAACAACAACGAUCCAACGACCUGAAUUACAAGACACACCCCUCUUGCUCGCGGUCGUACGGUAUCGGAAGCGGCACAUUUGUUCUCCCUCCCCCCGCAUCGCGUCAACCGGCACCCGGUGACGACUGUUCCGCCGAUCCGAACCCGUCCAGCAAAAACCGCCCAGAGAGCCGUGGGGAGAAAGAGGCGCGCGGAACGUCAUCCCGUCGAAACGGAAAGAGCAACAGCAAGGCAGGAGAAGGCAGGCCGGAAACCGGCUUGGCACAAGCGAGACACAGCCGCUGCGACAAGACCGCCCGGGCAACCACCACCAGCGGAGGUACCAUUUUCCGGAGGGAGUGCGUCCAACAGCCAAUGGUUUAAAUGGACGCUACAUCCAUCAUUACGCAGGUGUCGCGGGAUGACGAACAGCAACUGAACAGCAGCUAUCCGAACGAAAAAGUCAACAAUGUAGAUAGGCUAAAACCGCCCAAUCGUGGUUUCCUGGAGACGCUCUUUUGCUGCUGGCGGAAUGGGCGAACGAAAAGCAAUCAGAGCGGGACGCCGAUCGAUGGUUCGAUUACGCCACCUCCGAUCCAGGGCCAGCCCCGGUAUCUGCUGCCCCAGGUCCGACCUUCCGACACGUACAAGAAGUGCAUGGUGAUAGACUUAGAUGAAACCCUAGUGCAUAGCAGUUUUAAGCCAAUUCCAAACGCGGAUUUCAUAGUGCCAGUGGAAAUCGACGGUACCGUACAUCAGGUGUACGUCCUGAAGCGGCCGCACGUCGACGAGUUCCUGAAGAAGAUGGGCGAGCUGUACGAGUGCGUCCUGUUUACGGCCUCGCUGGCCAAGUACGCCGAUCCGGUGGCCGAUCUGCUCGACCAGUGGAACGUGUUCCGGGCGCGAUUAUUUAGGGAAUCUUGCGUCUUCCACAUGGGCAACUAUGUGAAGGAUCUGAACAAGCUAGGGAGAGAUUUACAGAAGAUUGUUAUUGUUGACAACUCGCCCGCCAGUUACAUAUUUCACCCGGAUAACGCUGUGCCAGUGAAGUCAUGGUUUGACGAUAUCAACGACUCAGAGCUGCUCGACCUGAUACCACUGUUCGAGAAGCUGAGCAAGGUCGACUCUGUAUAUAGCGUACUGUGCAACUCGAGCUCACUGUCCCAGCUGCCGACGUCCAUGUCGCACCAGAACCAGCAGGAGCUGCAACAGUCACAGCAGCAGCAGCAGCAACAGCAGCAGCAGCAACAACUACAGUCGAAUUCGUCCGAUGCGAACAAUACGUAACAUUGGCAACAAAUGUUUAUCAACAUCGUAUGAUUCGUGCACGAUGCUGCCGGCCGGUACAGUGAACGCAGGAUAAAGGAUUAGAAGAGGAGCCAGGGGUUCAGUGGUAUAGGAGCAGAAGAAAAUGAAAGGAGGGAAUACGUUUUCAAUCGGCCACGGGAGCACCGAUGUGUGUGUGUGUCAUCCUCCAGCGGUUAAUGCAUGCGUCCCGUAUUUCUUUCCCCCCUCCGGAAAGGGGAGAAAACACGCAAACAAACUAAACGAUAUAUGCAGCAAUCGUUUCGAUUGAUGGAUAGGGAAAUUUCACACGAGGACGACGACGGAUGGACGAUUAAACACUAUACACACACACACACGCGCGUAGCCGCUGGGACAGGAAGGAGAGCAGUUGAUCGUUGAUUAACUUUGUUAUUCUUUUUUAAUAUUAUUAAUAAUAAUAUAAUUUGGUACUAUACAAACACAUAGUGCUCCAGGACACUCCAACAAAACAAACACACGGACACAGAAUAACCUGUAGAAGCAAAACUAUUUUACAGACACAACACGUUCACACAGUGCAGUAAUCACAAACCCAGACACACACACACACCUGAUUUGUUGGCACGUGUAUCGCGUGUAUAGAAAGCCUAGGUAAUACUAUUUUAAAAGCCCUUUCCCCUACUGUUUUGUUUAUCAAUUCAAAUCUGGCACUGUGCAAGCGGAGCCCCGGAAGAUUGUGCAUGUUUCCUUUAAACUCUACUACUCGAGAAAAGGGAAGGAGAGGGUUUCGUUCCUAGAGCGGCUCUCUCUCUCCUUCCACGACACAAACACACACACACACGUAUGGUUGCAAUAAGAAGCGUUUUUUGUUUGUUUUAAUUUUAUUAUUUUAUUGUCCCCAUCCAUGGUAAUAAUAUAAAUCAUCGUUUUGUACACGCUAAACUGUGUAUGUAUGAUACGAUCGAGGAAUGAAUUAGCAGAUUAGUAUGUAAUAAAUGUGUAAUCGCGUAAAGCAAACGCAAAACGACAGCAGCCACAAAACACAGUGUACACAACACAAAACGUAUUAAACACACACAUAUACACACGAUAGAAACGUGUGCAGCCGACCACACCAUGUACACACCAUCCAUGUAGAAGAAGCAUUAGGCAAAAGGCGAAGGCAUCGUACGAUUUUAUAGUUCAAUACUUUAGCUUUUUACCGACGAUCAAAUACACGCGCAGAGAGAGAUAGAGAGCGCAAGAGCCUGUGCAAAGGUGGUGCAUCAUUUAGGCUCGAAGAUUUAUAUAUGUAUACACAUUAAAAGGUGAAAAACACACACACACACACAGUGGGGAGAGAUUUGCAGCCAUUCUAGACCGUAACCGUGAGACGAAUUGAUCAUAAUCAUAGCGAGGGCAAAAAGAGGAUAGAGAAAAAAUACCGUAGCUGAGUAGUGAUGAAAAUGGUGACACCGUGUACAAUUUUGUAUGUCAAAAAUGAAGUAAGAAGCAAAUUAAUAGUGUUUCUAUCUAGAAAAAGGAAAAUCAUGGAGGCAUAUUUAGUAGAACGACACAAAUAGAAGAAAAAUGGAACAAAACUCUAUCAAAUCAAUCAAGAACAACACAACCAGAGUAGCAGAAAGUGGAAAGUGGCGGGUAGAAAGAAAGCUGGAAAUGCUGCCGAAAAAGGGAAAGAUGUCUAAAACCAAACUAUAGCUGUACAGUUUUAUAUUGCGAAGGAAAUGCUUCAAAAAUGAAAAAAAUGCCAUUUACCCGUUAGAACGAGAACCGGAAAGAUGUAGAGAGGUAAAAAGAGAAAAGAGAGUAAGGAAUUGACAAAAAAAGUGGAAUUCGAGAGCUCUAGAGAACUUCUGCAGCGAGGAAUCAGUCAUAUCGGAUAGAUGCUUUUGCGAUCGUCAAAAUUGAUGCGGGCAAGUAGAUGAAAACAACACUAUUUGUUUGUUUAUGGUACCUUUUCUUUCUGGCUUUUGGUUGUGCGACACUCCCUUGACCCUUUCUUAUGGGAAGAGAACUUUAUAUGCUGGGAAUCGGACUCUAUGGCAUUCUUUUUGGACAAAAUUAUUGGAAAUUCCUGGUAGAUUUCUCCGCAAGGGUGCUAUAGAGCCCAACUCCCAUGACGUAAAGUUCAUUUCCGGUAAGAAAGAUUCAAUCAAAUGUCUCUCUCCUAUGAGAAUUCCUGAAAACCCCGUAUGUAAGGACAUAUCAAAUUUUGUAUGUGUCCUUUUUUCAUGUCAUUGAAAGCCUGUUUUAUACUAAUAUUCUGCCUUUUAUUUGAUACUUUUGCACAGGCCCUGUUACUGGUCGUCCUGAUGCCAUGUUGUGGUACAUUUAUUUUUUUAGGUAAACAAUGUUUCGAUACUAUUUUACCGUCUUUAGCAAACCAAGAAAGUGUUCUAACACAGGGUUAUUGCAUACUACAAAUAGCAAAGGCAUAUUUCACUAUCAUACUUAGGUACUACCUAGCUUUCUUGAUCGGUGGACCACCCUUUGGCAGAAAUCCUCUUGUUUUUUGACUGCAAGACUGAAAAACGUGUGCGUGCUGAGAGAUAAAACAAAAACAGAAAGUAAUGCAACUAUUUUCGACAUCAUGUGAGGCAUUCAAGGAAGCUAAAAAUGAACCUAGAACCAUUUACACAAAGAGAACAAAAAGGAAACUCACAGAAGGGAAUACAAAUAUGUACACCUACCUCUAAGCUCUAAUCUAAAUUGCUACAACUAUUACUACCACAAUGCGCCCCACAUCAUUAAAAAAACUAUGAGCCUUUUUCGAUUCCGUUACGGGCAUUACAGGGUUUUCCAGGAGUUCUCAUAUCUAUGAGACACUAUUGACUCUUUCCAAUGAUGAAAUUAACUUAAUGUAAUGGGAAUAGCACUCUAUAGCACCUUGUUUGGACAAAUCUAAUAGGAAUUCCAACAAGCCUGUCCGAUCUCCAGUUAGAGUCCAAUUUCCAACAUAAUAAGUUUACUUCCCAUAGGAAAGAGUCAAGCAAGUGUCCCACAACUAUGAGAACCCCUGGAAAACCCUGUACUUACUGCUGGAUGCUUCUGUACAUACUAAUCCCGCUAACACAAACAAACAAAACAGAAACCCAUUGCCUUGCACCUUUGCUAACGCUUUUAAACAUUUCCAGUCGAGUUUUGCUCUUCUACGCAUGCCAGGAAAUAUAAAACUCAUUUGAUACUGCACCUUUCUCUUUUGUUGUUUUGCCAAAGCGCUACAGCUUUUUCCGCAUAGUUUCUUGGUUUCGUUUGGAGUGUGAAGAAAGGAGUUUGCGCAAAAAAAAACAUUGUUGCCGAAAAGAACCACCCAGUAAAUAGGAAUUGAAAAAAGAGGAGAGCUUUUGUUUUCUAUGUAUAGAACGAAGCAAAACUAACUCACGCUUGCACAGGAAAACGAAAAAAAAAUGAGACAAAACAUGGUAAAAAAAAGCUUAGCCGCAGGCGUAGGGAAGAUGCAGUGAAACAAAUCCUACUAACUCCGGAUACAAUAUGGAGAACAAUAUUUUUGUAUACACGUGUACUUCAGCAGUUCAGUUAAACCAGCAUUUGGGCGGGGGAGGGUUUUGAUACGAAGGAAAUACCGACAGAUUCAGAUCCGUUUCGCAUACGCGUAAUGUUUGGCCAUAUAAAAACAAGCUUAUUCGAAUAUAUGUAAAGUUCAAGCGCCCCUUUUCCCUCGCUCACUGUAUCACCAACGUCCAUGGUACUCUUUACAGGGUAGGAAUGAUGUAAAGACGGUCAGUCAGUCUUGAAGGAAGAGCCGCACACCUCACCAAGAAAAACAAAAAAGAACAGGGACCCACAGAAACGAACAAUUUCGUCUUAAAGCUCAGUAAUAUGGACCUCUGUGUGCGGGUGUGUGUAUGGGCGCGAGUUUUAAAUUAGACGACACAUGAUGAUCGGCAUAAGACUAGUCCCCUUCUCUCUCUCUCCCUUGGAUAGCCAACCGGAGAGAUAAAUGGCCAGAAAUGAAAAAUGAAACGAAAAAAGUGGAAUAUUAUACAAAGAUAUAUAGGGAAAAAAGGAGAAAAAAACAGCAAGCCCAAAAUUGUGUUUAGAAAAUCGAAAACCAUCCUAAGCUGUGUGUAUAUUGUAAAACACAAAGAAGAAGUAACAAAAAAAACAAUGUGCAUGUGUGUUUGUGGUGUAACUCGCUGUAACAGAGGAAGCAAUGAAACAGCAAGCAAACAAACAAACAAACCAACAAACAAGGAUCAGAAAAUGUGUGUAUUGUAUAAACAAAAUAGUAAAAGCUAACAAACAAACACAUGAAAGAUGAAAAUCAGACAGACAAUUGUAUCCCGAUGGAAAAGAAGAGAAUGGACAACACAAAAAAGAUAAAAAAAAACAAACAACCUGCUGUACGAUUAUAUUAUAUACACGUAACAAUAUAAAGGGAAAAACAAACACCAAAAAACACACACACGCGAAUGCAUGUGUUUUAUUCUACUUCUUUUAGCAAUUCACAUUCUUUUUUGUUCUUCCUUUUGUGCGGUUUAUUUGUUUUUGUUUCUGUUUGUUUUGUGUUUCUAAGAUGCGCUUUCAAACAAAAAAGAAAAGAAAAUAUGUUGUUUGUUUAGUUUUAGUUUCUUUUUUUAUUUUGUUUUUAAAUGUUCACACUAGGAAAUGACCAUAAGACGUAUAAAGGAAAAAAAAGAAACGAAGAAAGUUAAAGUAAUAUAGUAGCUUAGCCACAAAAAAACAAGCGAGCAAAGUGUGUAAUACAACAGCGUGUGUGUGUAGCGUACCUAGAGGUAGUAGGAAUAAAGCUUUCCUUUUUUUUUUAAAUAAACGCAAGAACACGCAAAUUUAAUACAGCUUUUUGUUUACAAAAGCAUUGGUAGAAAGACAA